AUGGCGGACAUUCGCGCCCCUUACCUGUACACGGAGACGCGUCUUACCCUCGAUCAAGCUUACGCCGGCUCAACCGUCGACAUCUCGUUGUCGAAGACUGGCAACCACGAGCGCAGACUGUACAAUGACGUUCAAUUAGGCAGCGAUGAAGCGCACUUCACAUGCAAUCACCUUUCAAGCGAAGCCUCGUUAUAUUUUCGCAGCGACGAGCGCUGCCCGCGCAGCUUCCUUUGGCGGUUGCUUGACGACCGAAGAGUGCUCGAGGUGCAGGCCGUGGAUUUAAGCCAGGAUGCAGCCAACAAAACAGAGGCCAUUCUCACGCUGUUGCUGCGCUUCCCCGCAGCCAUCCGUCCCUUCUGCGUUGCGUUCGCUGAUCCGGCAGAGAAGGACGCGCUGAACGUCUUUGCAAUCACGACCGCAGAUGACCUAUGGACGCUCACGCUGCAUCGCGACAUCUUCGUGCACCCGCGUUUCUCAGAAGCGCUUCCCUCGGACUGGUGCAGAGUCACCAAACCUUCUAUGUUCGCAGUCACGAUACCGUACCGUCUGUUCUCUUCAACUGCGAGAGAGCUCUUUGUAUCAAUGAAGGAUGGACAAGUCGUGCGUUUGACAAGAAGAGCUGGCGACGAUGGUUCAAAGUGGCAUGAUGCUGUCUAUUCUGAAGGAAGCUGGGGCGCCUCUUUCUUGAAGUGGAGGUCGGGGCCUACAAUCAAGUACGGCGACGUGGAGCUGGAACCUUCCGCAGCAGUAUCGAUUGCGCCUACAACCUUCGACGAAGACGACGCACAUCUCAUUACCGUAUGUCUAAAUCACACUAUGCGAAUAUGGAAUCUGAAGACAGGCCGUAUAUCUGCGGAACUGGAUAUUCUCGGUGAAGAAGAGCAGAGAUACAUGAUCAGCCCAAACCAGCGACAGCUGUUACAGGUGGUUGACAUGCCAGGCAGACAAGAAACGUACGCAGUCACGUUCUCGCCAAAGCAUCACCAAUUCAAGUUCUGGGCCAUCUUUGACCCAGAGUCUGGGCGUCAGGGCAUACGUGAGAUGAGACCCGAAAUCGAAUACAAACCUCCUGUGGAGAUGCUGAUGGACACCGCGGUAUGGAAUCUUGAAGAAUUUCACCUCAAACCAAGUAGAGGAUCGAAGCAAACCGAGCUUUGGAUCCGGGUCCGCUCAGGUCAGACUUCACAGGUCUUCAUGCUGAGCUUUGACCCGUUCGACUUCGGGCACAAGCUUCAUGAAAUUAGCAGCCAGUACGUCAAGGACUGUUGGGAGCAGGAUUGGGUUGCAGUUUUCCCUGGGCGACAAACACUCGAGGCUAUCGAUGCCCUGUGUCCCACAAACGGCUCGGAUGUGCCUGAGGAAAGCAAAGUUGCAGAUAUCACGGAACGCUGGACGCAAUUCCUCUUUUACCCAGGCAGAUUCACUGUGCCGCUGCUCGAGACUGCAUUUGUAACUUAUAUCGCCGCGUCCGGACGCCCAUUGCCUGUUGCGUCGAAAGCACCGCUCAAGGAACGUCUCAUCAAGGCUGUCUGGGCCAAUGCGGCGAAGCCCUCAGGUGGACGAUCAAGUGUCGAGGAGGAUACUUUCUCUCAGUGGCAGAAUGUGUACAGCAUUGUGCGGGAUUUGCAUAAACGGAGCAUGGACUUAGUAUCCUUUGCUGUUGACCCACAUGAUCAGAUUCCAUGGCUCGCUGGUGCUGACUUCGUGGCUCCAAUCCGUGAAUGUAGUCAGCUUGAGAAGAUCGAGAUGAAUGUAAGCAUCGUGACACAAUUACCAACACCAAAACUGGCGCUCUACGACUUGGGUCCAAGAGUCGAAGGAGAUGAUGAAGGCAGUGAAGCCGAUGAAUCUGACGAAGCUAUGCUCGUGGGCAAUCUGUUCUUGGUCGCGCAUUCAUUGAGAGCUAUGCUUCCGGACUCAUAUCAACGAUCACUUAAGCGUGCCGUCAUCGAGGAUCUUGUCCAAGAGCCAGCAAAAUCGGCUGCGGAACGUAUCAACAGUUUCCGAGUCGAAACUUCGCUAUUAGAAGAACUCACUGAGGAUGAUGAGAAGAAAUUCGAUGAGCUCGCUACGGAUUUUGGCGGAUACAAAAUCUUCCAUCGGAAUAGCUUCAUUGAGAUUUUGGACAUGAUGAAGGAGCCUGAGAAGGGUCGGCACCAGGAAGAGCUAAUCACCCGAUACGGUUCAAAGAUGGCCAUUAGGAUCGCCCAAGAAACUGUGGCGCUCAACACAGAGGUCCUGUUGGAUUUGCUUACCACAGUACUAUACCUGGACGGUGUUUUCGACGUCGAGGAACUCGCUUCAGCAAUUAAAGACCUACCAGAGGAUACUGUAGACACGAUGGACGUAGACGAUGCCACGCCAACAUUUAAUGCGCGUGGGCUAUUUGACAAAAUCAUGUGCCUCCUAAGAGAGUAUUUCAUUCUUGACUUCCUUGUGGCAAACACGCGCAAGGAGCGUUCAAAACCCCGGAGAAAAUCUUUUGGCGAGAGUCCCCUUGUUGUUCGAAGCAACGAGGCACCUCCCGUGUAUACAAGUACUCUUCUUCAAAGCAUAUUCAUUGGGGACUGGAAGGACAUACGAGCGCCUGAAGAGGGCAUCUCACCGACCCAGAUGCUCACGUACCACACGAGAGCAUGGCUUACGAAAUUGGAAAUGAGCAUUUUUGAAAGCUUCUCUGCACAUGUACUUGCUGACUUGAUUAAACACGGCGACGUGGGAUUGGCGAAUCAGUUCUUGCCAUUCGUGCCAUCGGCAGGAUGGACUAAUUAUUUGAGGGGAAGGCUGUGCUUGGAAAACAGUGAAUACAAGAAGGCAGCGGACUGGUUUAGGAAAGCAGCAUAUCCAAUGUCACUGGGAUUUUUUGACGUGAGCAAUCAAGAUACGGCAGAAAUUUUAUCGCCUGAGCAAGUCGAGAAGUUCUCAGAUGGCUUGCCAUCGUACUAUGAGCAUAUCAUGAAUUUACUGGAUAAAUACAAGGCGAGCACACAAAUAGCCGAGUUCGCAAAGUUGGCAAUCCAGUCGCAUAAUAUGACCAUCAGCAAGGCUCUCAAUGAUGCGGAGCUCUCAUCUACUGAACUACCGCAGAAGCAAGCCGAGCAGUUCGACAAACGUACUAUCGAUCUUCUUGAGCGGCUGUUCGCCUCGUCGCUUGCGACUGGUGCUUUCGACGAUGCUUACUCAGCACUCAUGCGUAUGCCGGACCAUGCUCUUCGCCAUUUUAAUCUCCAAUCAUUUAUAGAGACACUUGUGCGCCAGAAACGCGUCAAGCAGCUUUUUGCGUACCCGUGGGCUCAACUUGCCGACGAGGCCGACAAAGAACUCGAGGCCAAGGCACGCAAGACACUUACGUCGAGUUCAACACAUCAGUGGCACAAGAUUUUAUACUCAUGGCGUAUCAAGCGCGGCAACUUCCGUGGCGCCGCGCAAGCUGCGUUCGAUCGGUUGGAGAAGUUGCGUGCUGAGACAAAAGGUACAGGUCCGGAUCCUCGAGAUGAGCGACUUGUGGACGCAUAUCUGCUUCUGAUCAACGCCAUGGCAUGCGUGGGGAAGGACGAGGCCUGGGUCAUCUACGAGCCCAUUGCCGAAAAGAAGGGCUUGCUCAAUGGGACGGCCAAAGAGAAGAAGGAAGGGAAGCGGAGGCUCGUUACGCUCGAGGAUGUCAGGCGGGAGUACCAAGAAGAAUUGGAUCGAAGAGCGGCAAUGGAGCAGGGCAAAUUCGCGUUCGUGGACGAGGGCGAGGAGAUGGAUGUCCUAUGA